CGGUUAGAAAUCCAAGCUUCGGGUCUUUGUCAACUACUGGUGCCUUAGAAUAUUUCAGCCCAGCUGGUGGCGGUAACACACCAAUAGGUUGGUUUUUCUACCACCUGGUAAGAAGAAGAAGAAGAAGGAGGGGAGGGAGAGGGGAUGUAGAGGAAAAAGGGAGAGGAAGAAGAAAAAGGAAAAGAGGGAAUGGUUUGAAGGUACGUUGGCAACCUGACAGUCUCCGAGGCGUCCACCAGGUCUGGACGUGCUGCCUGCUUUCCCCUUCCACAUCUCCGGUGUGCAGCUGCAGGAUGGACAUGUCCAGCAGAGUGGCGUUUUGGCAGGAGCUGGCUGAGAGCUGUGGUCUCGUUACAGUUCAGCAGGGUUUACAGCAGGUCUGGAGGCUGCUGCUGCUCUGCCUGAUCUGCAGACUUUGCUUCAGACUCGGAGGUGUGUCCUCUGUGAAGCAUGUAGUGUCAGCUUUGGCUGGGAUGUACAGCCUCUUCCUGUUCUUUGAGUGGCACAUGCUGUGGGUGCUGUUGCUCAGUGUGCUAUGUUACCUCAUUCUGGUACUCAGUCGAGACUCCAGCACCAGAGGCCUCUUCCUCUCAGCUGUCAUCCUCAUCUACCUUCUCAUUGGAGAGUUACAUCUAAUUGACAUGGCGACCUGGAAUAAAAUAAGAGGCUCUCAGAUGGUGGUGGCCAUGAAGGCCAUCUCUCUGGCCUUUGACCUUGACAGAGGAGCAGUGGGCAGCCUUCCCUCCCCAGCUGAGUUCCUGGGUUACGUUCUCUUCGUGGGCUCUGUUAUCUUUGGUCCUUGGAUUAGCUUCUCCAGUUAUAAGACCGCUACUGAAGGCAGAAAACUGAGCUGGUUGUGGCUGCAGAGUUCCUCCAUCAGCCUCCUGAAGAGUCAAAUCUGUCUGCUGGUCUCCACAUGCAUCGCCCCUUACCUCUUUCCCUUGUUCAUCCCCAUCCAUGGAAACACAGUCACAGAGAAGUGGCUGCGUGCUUAUGAGACUGCAGUGUCCUUCCACUUCAGUAACUACUUUGUGGGUCAUCUCAGUGAGGGCACCAGCAUGUUGGCUGGAGCAGGCUUCACUGAGGAAAAAGACAACAUCAAAUGGGAUAUGAGUGUGGUGAAGCCUCUUAGUGUAGAAAUGCCUCGCUCCAUGGUGCUGGUGGUGACAUCUUGGAACAUCCCCAUGUCCAGAUGGCUGAAAACCUAUGUCUUCAAAAAUGCCAUGAAACUAGGGACUUUUCCAGCCAUCCUGGUGACAUAUACAGCCAGUGCCUUACUGCAUGGCCUGAGUUUUCACCUGGGAGCUGUUCUGCUCUCUUUGGGAUUCAUCACAUAUGUUGAACAUGUUCUGAGAAAGAGGCUUGCAUCCAUCUUCAGUGCCUGUAUCCUGUCUAGGCCCUGUAACCCCGGCUGCAGCCAUCACCACAAGAAGGAGUAUUGGGUGGUGGUUCUGAACCUGGUUUUCAGUUUCCUGGCCAUCUUCCACCUUACCUACCUGGGCUCUAUGUUUGAUCCUGGAGUUGAUGAGCAGGAAGUAGAGGAGGGUUACGCAGCCAUCCACACAAUCCAGAGGUGGUCUGAGCUGAGCUGGGCGAGCCACUGGGUUGUGUUCGCCUGCUGGGUCUUCUACCGUUUAACUCAGUGACAUGGGAGACUGGCAGGCUGGCGAACACAGAGUACUUCAUAAUUCAAUGGGUUUGUGUCAGUGUAUAUCAGAAUGUUGUCAUCUGAUGGGAAUGAAGGACGUGGAUGUGCUCAGUGGGAAGGACUUAUAGGACAGGUGGAUGUGCUCAGGUGGUUCUCACAGAUUGAAGAUGGAGAAAAUAAACAAGUCUGAGAUGGCCGGGUGCAGAGGGACAAUGUUGCACAUACCAGCAGUAUAUUGAAAAAUCCACUGAUUAGAAUGCAUUGAAAAUCUGAUCAGAGGGAAGAAAGAACACUACAUGUAAGACCUCCUCAUAGACUCAACAUUUACUUUGACCUGUGGACAGCUGUUGGGAGAAGAGUGAGGUUAAAUAUAGUUGGUCAGAUCUGUGAACCAUUGUUAUAUUGGUACUAGACAAUGUCCAAAUCCAAAAACAUUUCAUGUUUAAGUAUAUGUAGAUUUCUAUAUGUUCUGUUACAACUACAUUUUUUAAAAUUGUUGUUACUGUUGUUUUUGUGUUUUUUCUAAUAAACAUUUCUGUAAAUGUAAAUAA